CUCUUCUCUUCUCUUCCGCCCUUUUAAACUGGUAAACACUCAAACAAUGUCCAAUAAAACCACUGACAAGUAUUCAGAGCGUUGUCCAGUUUGCAUUUCACACUGACAGAGGCAGAACGUCGAGACGAUUUGAUUGGAUUUGCGCUGUGGAUGAGACUCUAUGCUGGAGUGACAUCCCAUAAGAGACGACGCAUUUAAAAGCUAAAAGGCCUGACUGUAUAUUAAAUAUGAAUAAACACUGCACAGUGUAGUACAAGCCUAUAUCAGGGAAGAAAAGUCAGAGCUUUAAGCCUGGAAAGCACUUGUUUUUGGGCUGCUCUCUGUUUACACAUGAGAUUUUUUAUGCCAUUUCCUGACACAAACAUCACAUUUAUCCAGGCUUGUGACCGGCACCAGUACACUGGAUGUAGCCUUAAUGGCUGGGGUUAAUGUAGAGUGUCCAAUUAACACUGUAAUGGGGGUUGGGUACCUACCUCAGAGGUGUCUCAACCCAUGACCUUGCAGGACUCUACCAUAUUAUCAUUGGGUUUCAUUACAUUAGCAUUGUGAUUCGAUGUGGCUCGCAGACCAUGAAUGCACACAACCUACGAACUUUCCGUGAAGCUCCUCACCUUGUUUUACUGGACUGGAAUUUUAUCAACGUCAAGAUAGAAAAGGCUGUGAUGGCACUGAUUUGAGAGACGAACGAAGACUGCGUCUGUGACGUGACGAAAGAGAAACCAAAACCCAUUUAAUGCCCUGAUGAUGAUGAUGAUAAUGAUGAUGAUGUGGACACGGACUGAAUAAACAGAACGUGUGCCGUGAUUACUUUCACUGGUUGAAUAAAGGAUUUUUCUUUUUUUUAGUCCCCUUGAUUUUGAUCUGCCCCAGAUGUCACUGCUGAUGCAGGCGUUGACAUCAAUGAGUCCAUCGACUGCACAGAAGACAUCGUCCUCAGGUUCUGAUAUUGUACAGUGGAUGAUCAAGAACCUGGACAUUGAAGAUCAAGUGGAAGCUCUUCACCUAGGAACGCUGAUGGCGGCACACGGUUACUUCUUCCCCAUCUCAGACCACGUCCUCACUCUCAAAGAUGACGGUACUUUCUAUAGGUUUCAGACUCCAUACUUUUGGCCAUCAAACUGCUGGGAGCCAGAAAACACAGACUAUGCUGUUUACCUCUGCAAAAGAACAAUGCAAAAUAAAGCACGUCUGGAGCUUGCAGACUAUGAAGCGGAGAGCUUAGCAAGACUACAGAGAGCCUUCGCCAGGAAAUGGGAGUUCAUUUUUAUGCAAGCAGAAGCACAAGCAAAAGUGGACAAGAAAAGAGACAAAAUUGAGAGGAAGAUUCUCGACAGCCAGGAAAGAGCAUUCUGGGAUGUACACAGACCAGUGCCUGGGUGUGUGAACACAACAGAAGUCGACAUAAAGAAGUCAUCCAGAAUGAAAAACCCUCACAAAACCAGAAAGUCUGUGUACGGGCUGCAGAAUGACAUCCGCACCCACAGCCCGACUCACACCCCCGCCCCAGAGGCCAAGCAGCCGACAGAAGAAGAACUGCAGGAACAGAUCACCUUUUGGCAAUUGCAAUUAGACCGGCAUCGACUGAAAAUGUCCAAAGUGGCAGAGAGUUUGCUGGGUUACACAGAGCAGUACGUGGAAUACGACCCUUUCCUCACGCCUCCAGAUCCAUCCAAUCCCUGGAUCUCAGACGACACCACGCUCUGGGAGCUUGAAGCCAGUAAGGAGCCGGGGCAGCAGAGGGUAAAGAGGUGGGCCUUUGGCAUCGACGAGGUCCUCAAAGAUCCUGUGGGCAGAGAGCAGUUCCUCAAGUUCCUGGAGUCUGAGUUCAGCUCAGAGAAUCUCAGGUUCUGGCUAGCGGUCCAGGAGCUAAAGAAACGUCCCAUCAGAGAAGUUCCAGCUCGGGUUCAGGAGAUCUGGCAGGAGUUCCUGGCCCCCGGAGCGCCCAGUGCCAUCAACGUCGACUCCAAGAGCUACGCCAAAACCACCCAGAAUGUCAAAGAUCCUGGACGCUAUGCCUUUGAAGAUGCACAGGAACACAUCUACAAGUUGAUGAAGAGUGAUUCUUACAGUCGUUUCAUUCGUUCCAGUGCCUACCAGGAAUUAUUACAGGCCAAGAAGAAGAAGAGUAAGAACUUGUUCUGAAGGCUCUUGCUUCCAGGGGAAACCACUAGCAUCCAAGAGGCUGACCAGUCGUUUGUCAUCAUGCUAAAAUCCACGCCAUCUCUCUCUUUCUCUCUCUGGGACACAGAGAGAGGGACCAUCCCAUCUCUUCGUCAUCGUCGUCUGUCCAUCUGCUCUUGGCUCAGUUGACCUAUGAGCCCAGGCCAUCUGUUCGUCUGUUGUCCACCGGAUGUUGCAUGUCCAUGGAGAGGGUGUUCCUUCUUUCUCUCUCUCCUCUUACAGUACCUGCUAUAUUUCCAGUAUUCCCAGAAAGGAGGCUUUUGCUGGACUUGUGAGGACACGGACGGACCGAUGAGAUGAAAAAAAAUAAAUAAUUGUAAUUCAGACAAAAAAGAAAAGAGAAAAAAAAAAUCCCGUAUUCCAGUUCUUUUCCAUGGUUAACUUCUGGAUGGGAGCUCCGCCCCCUCUCUCACUUGCAGCUGAAGCAAAUGAUGUCAGAGAGAAAAAAAAAGAGGGGAAGAAAAACAGAGAUAACAAAAAAAAACGACAGCUGAAACUGACGAAGCUAACCAAUGUCAUUGCUUUACAUGGUCUGAGGUCACAGAUACUUUGUCACGCUAUGGGAAAUGUUGUGCAGAAUGAAUAUACUAUAUAUAAAUAUAUAUACAUAUAUUAUGAUUCUUAUUCUUAUUAUUUAUUGUGCAUUUCUAUUUUACUUUGUAUUAUUUUAUUGCACUACAAUAACUAGCACAUGAUGGUUGCCAUUGCACUUGUAAAGUCACAUUCAAGAUUACAAAAAGGCUGUUUUCCUGUCUUAUGUAGAACAUAAUUCUUUGUUAUUCUCUCCUGCAUUUAUUUUUAUACCAUAUUUAAAGACACUUUUACUUACUUGUAUUAUUAAAGUUGGCCCUCUAUCUGUUA